CUCGGUCGUACCUGUUCCUCGGUCCAGCGGUCUCCUGCGUUCACCGGCCGUCUUCUGUCCGCAGUCUCUGGUCAUCUCCUGUACUGUGUCCGCAGUCUCUGGACAUCCCCUGCACUGUGUCUGCAGUCCCUGGUCAUCUCCUGUAAUGUGUCCGCAGUCUCUGGUCAUCUCCUGUACUGUGUCCUCAGUCUCUGGUCAUCUCCUGUAAUGUGUCCGCAGUCUCUGGUCAUCUCCUGUAAUGUGUCCGCAGUCUCUGGUCAUCUCCUGUACUGUGUCCGCAGUCUCUGGUCAUUCCCUGUACUGUGUCCGCAGUCUCUGGUCAUCUCCUGUACUGUGUCCGCAGUC